AUGCAACAUCUUCACUUGGUUUCUCAACAACUCGUAAAAAUGGAGGUUCCAGAGAACCAUCAAGUUCCGGAAGACAUUGGAAUGUUGCCGAUCCAACUUAUGAAGACUCCAGAUGCAGGAUCGUCAUUUAGUUUUUCGACUGUGGGAAUAAAAAUGGAGAUUCCAGAAAACCUCCAAGUUUUGGAAAACACUGGAAUCUUGCCAAUGGAAAUUCUGACAACUCCUGAUCCAUUAUUGUCACUCAGUUUUCUGGCUAUGGAAAGAAAAAUAGAGAUCCCAGAAAACAUCCAAGCUCCGGAAGACAUCGGAAUCUCUCCAAUAGGAUUCACGAACAACUUCAAAAAACCACCGAAAACAAAACGCACGCGUAGAUCACACUGCAAAGAGACAACACAAAUCCUUCAAGCUUAUUUCGAAACUUCUCAUCAUCCCAGUGGUUUGCAAAUGGCGCAACUUGCGGAGGUUACAGGUCUGAACAACAAGCAGGUCAAAGCAUGGUUUUCGAAUAAGAGAAGGAGCAUGAGAGUUCAGCAAAUGAGGGAAGAGAAAGAGAAAGCGAAAGUUUGGAAAAUGAUCACCCCAGGCAGCCCAGUUCGAUCUCCUGGAAUUGCUUCACCAUCGUCGAUUUUCCCGAAAUAUCAGAUCACUGCCGAGGCAAGUCAUAUGUAA